AUGGAAAAAGCUGACACUGUUGAUGUGAGCUGGUUGCAUCAUUCUCAAAAAGACAAUCUUCUUCGAACCAAAUCUGCGCCUUCAGUUCCCAUAAAUUCCUCACAACCGAUAACUCCAGAGCCACCAGUACUUGCCAGUUCACUCCCAACAGAAAAUUACGAACCCGCCAAUGUCGUUUCGUCUACAGGUGUAUCCAGGUCAUUAACUCCUCCGGUGAUGAACCCCCGGCAGCCACCGACACAGCAGAGGAAGGGGACCUUGAAUGCGGUAGAGCAGAGUGAAUCUACGCCUUCGCCGGCACCCUUGGCUACCAAUGGGACCACAGGCAAAUCAUCCAGCGCAAAACAGCCUACGACCGGUCGGCGCAAUUCAUGGAUCUCCAGUUUAAGCCAGAAAUUAUCUUCGAGCGGUUCGGUUUCUCCGACGCAAAGCAAUGCGAAGGAUGCCAAUGCGAAGCAACCAGCUCAGAGUCCUCGAACAGAACUCCACAACCCAUUUGGCGCAUCUUUCUCUCCCAAGGAAAAGACAGACAAGCAAGAUGAUACCCCGACUCCCUUCGAUUCUCGUUCUCCAAAGAGCCAUCCUUCCUUCUUUCAUAAUGCCCUCCGCAAACUUUCAUCUUCCUCUUCGUCCGUCGGUGGUGCGUUAGGAAAGAUCGCGACACAGGGAGUGAUUCCCGAACGGCGAGUUAUGAAUGUCGAUCAGCAUCGCGAUAGAUGUAAGAUUGCUGAGCUGAACCAGGCUAAGCUCCGGCGUGUUGCGUUUUGUGUCGAUGUGGAAAUUGCGGGGACUUCUCGCCGGUCUGAAUCCGAAGAGGAAGCUACACCGCAACAACCUACACAGCUGUCGUCGCAACCGCCACCGCAAACGCCAUCGCAGGCGGCCCCUGCGAAGAAGAAAUCCACAAUGGCCGAUCAAAUCAGAGUUUUCAAGAGACAAGACUCUAAGCCCGCCGUGGAGAAGGCUGAACCAUCGCAACCGGGUGCUAAUGGCGAACCAACCGAGGUCCCUUCAAGUACAGCUGCUAGCGAGACGACACCGUCGGAACCCGCUAAGGAAAACGAAAAGCCCCCUGGUACCAAAGAGCAAACAAGAAAGCAGGAAAAGAAGAAGAGGUCAGAAGAAGAGCGGAAAGAACGCAAGGAGAGAAAGAGAAGGCAGGCCGAAGCGAACGGGACCAUUCCACUUCAGUUUACUCGUGACAAAGGAUCGUCUUCUCUCCGUCCCACCCGAGGUCAGGAUCAACCAACGACUGACCCUGUACGAAUAUAUCGCCGCUGUUGUCAACUACGGGAAACCGGGGUUUUGAAGAAGAUAGUUGAACAGAUCUCUUCACCAUCUUCGGGCCUUGCAGAGUCUCCUGGGACUGUUGCUGUUCUAGAUCUCAGUGGCCUUUGCAUGACCCUCCCUGAUAUUGUUACCUUCGCCGACUGGCUUGCCAUCGUUCCCGUCCGCAAGCUACUUUUACAAAAUUGCGGCCUCACUGAUGAAGCGGUGCGGGUGAUCCUAUCAGCGCUGCUGUCCACAAGGACGAUCGAAGAAUCAAGGUUACGAAGAAAGAGUGGCAGGAAACACGGCGACGAUGCAUCCCAGAGGGGAGAGAGAGCGGGCGUAAUAGAAAAGCUGUCUUUGAAGGAUAAUCCCAAGAUCGGCCACGAUGGAUGGCGGCACAUCGCGCUCUUCAUUCAUAUGUCAAGAUCCCUCAUCGGAAUCGACUUGUCUGGAAUCCCUUUCCCGCAAACUCCGGCCACCACAACCAGACCAAUUAGUCCCUUAUCAAAAGCCAGUAAACAACCUGCGACAGUAUCCACUGUCUUCGCGAAGGCAUUGUCUGAGCGACUUGCGGGAAACCACUUGGAAGAGCUAGUAAUCAGCGAAUGUUAUCCAUCUUCUGAAGAUCUUUCCAAGAUUUGCGAUGCGGCGACAGCUGUGGAAUUACGAAGAUUGGGAGUUGCACACAAUAACAUGACGGCGGAAGGAUUGGGACAUGUCAUUCGCUAUUUGCAGGCUGGUUACUGCGAAGGACUUGACUUGGGAGGAAACAAUCUGGGUGACCAUCUAGGGCCGCUGUCGUCCGCCAUUCAAAAAGCAAAGGAUCAUCCGCUCAGUGCUCUAAGCCUGGCGGAUUGUUCAUUGACGCCAAAACCUCUAUGCUCUGUCCUCCAAGCGCUGACCUGUUUGCCUAAUUUCCGAUUUAUCGACCUCUCCCAUAACCCGAACCUUUUUGCAAGCCAGCCGGACUCUUUAACGACCUUACGACGCUAUCUUCCCCAAAUGGCUGAAUUGAAACGAAUACACUUGGCGGAUGUCAGCCUCUCUCCAGAUCAUGCCAUAGCUCUUGCAGAGAUAUUACCCGAUUGCCGUCGGCUAUGUCACAUUAAUAUCUUGGAGAAUCCCACCAUUGCCGCUUUGGCUUCAGCCAAGGACGCACCCACCCAGGAAGAAGCUUGCGCAUUGUACGCGUCGUUGAUGACAGCCGUUCGCAUCUCACACACCCUCAUCGCAGUAGAUAUCGACGUCCCGACGGCAGAUAAUAACGAAGUUGUCAAAGCCCUCGCAUCACAAAUUGUGGCCUACUCUCUUCGGAACCUCGAGCGUGGUGAACUUGUGGAGGAGCUUUCUGAUGGCUCAACACCGGAAGAGUACCCAGUUCCCGUCCCCGAUAUCCUUGUGCAUAUUGUUGGAAAUGUGGAUGAUGUAGGAGAUGAUCCUACGAAGCUGGCUCCGGAUGAAGACUACGUUAUUGGCGGUACUGGGCUGGUAAAGGCUCUUGGGGUUUGCCUUGGUAAUGCCGACCACCAUUCCCUGGAGACUUUGGGCGAUAUAACUCCCCCUCCCAGCGGCACUUCUACGCCACUUCGGCGCGCUAGCAGUGUUGGAAAUAAAAAGCCACGGGACAUGUCGAAGAACCUUCUCAAUUCUGCACGGAGAAUACGUGUGCGAUUACAGCCGGUUCUUGUCAGGGAAGACAGGGCCGGUAAUGAAUCGAAUUAUCGACGACUACAAUUCCUUGAUGUUACCCUACAACGGAUGAUCCAACGUUUCGAAGAUGAAUUUCCAGAUACCCGCCUUUCUACCGACUCAGACACAAGGGACACCCUUCCUCAACGGACCCCGUCCCAAUCAUCCGCGGGCGAAUCUGCAGAACGGUCUAAACUAGAUGAUCCCGCAAACCUGGACGCAAUUCAAUUAAGCCAAAGCCCGGAUCAAGAUCAAUAUCCAGACGCAGCCAUUGACGACGAAGACGGGGACCGUUACGCCAUCCGCUUAUCCCGUACCAGCUCAAACACAUCCCUCCACUCCAAAGCCCUGACCUCCGAAGAAGGCAGGGUCCACCGUUUCCAGCAGCAUGUCCGCCGGGAUAUUCUUAGCACCGAUCUCGAGGCUGAGCCGGAUACCCCCUCCCAAGGCCCCGACGAGACGCAGAUCCACGCCUUACGCGAAAAGCUCGAGCGUCUCCGGAGUAGUGAGAUGCAGUCUCGCAUCGAGCUUGUUGGACCUGACAAGGCGCUUGAAGAGCUGGGGGCGAAUAUGGAAGAGUUACUUGCGCUGCGCGAACGGGAUCCGGAGUCGUUUGAGAGCUUCAAGGCGAGCCAGAUUGCUGCGCAGAUUAAUGCCGGGUUGGUGGGAGAAGGGGAGGGAGAGGGUGAACGGGAAGCAAGUGAACAACGCCCUCCCUAG